GCACUCGCUAGGAGGCAUAGUAGACAUUCUGUCUCUCCCCUGCUUCCUUUCUUUGGGUCGAGCGCAAGACAAGGUAGUUUGGGUCCCACGAGCUCCCGUAGCAGCCCGAAAACGGAGUGGCCAUGGCGCUAAUUUCUGACUCCAUGUCGGAACGUUCCGUGAAGGUGGCGCUGCUGCUGGCCUUCGCUUCGGGCGUCCUGGUGGGCUGGCAGGCGAACAGAGUCCGGCGGCGUUACCUCGACUGGCGGAAGCGGCGGCUGCAGGACCAGCUGGCCGUCACGCAGAAGAAGCUCGACCUCUCGUGAGCGGAUGUAAGCAGAAACCACAAGAAACACUGGAAACAAAACUGACUUCAUUUAAAACUGAAUUAAUGGGACUUCAUAGAUAUAUAAAGAAAAUCAUGUUCUUUCACACAUGAAAAAAGAAACUAAUGGAGUUUUGUUUAUAUAAUCCAGCAGGACAAAAUCAGCAAAAGCAUUCUGUAUACGGACAGACAUGACAUAAACCCAUUCAGAAUAUGUUAUUUGAUUGUGUGAACUUCUUGUGCCAUGUUUGGAAAACUGAUUGUUUAAUUCAAAGAUACUUUACGAUGUUUGAAUGUUGCUAACAGUAUUCUGAAUAUGACGACAUAAAAAAAGCCCUUUAUUUUAAAAUGA